AUGCACAGCCAUGUUCCCCGUCCCAGGGACUCCACAACUCCUGGACAUAACCUGGAUGACAGCGCGUGUGGGAAUGAUCACGGAAGCAUCAACGAUUCCUGCGAUGACGACGACGAUUCAGACGACCAUAUCCCUCACGUUCUGGCUCCCGGAUACCACGGACCCAACAGGCGCUGUCUGUUAUGGGCCUGUAAAGCCUGCAAACGAAAAACUGUGACUAUCGACCGCAGAAAGGCGGCAACCAUGAGGGAACGCAGACGACUAAAGAGGGUUAAUGAAGCAUUUGAAACCCUGAAACGACGGACUUGCCCCAAUCCCAAUCAACGUCUGCCUAAAGUGGAGAUCCUUCGCAACGCUAUAGAGUAUAUCGAAAGUCUGGAGGAACUUCUCCAUGGUAAUCGUAUAAACAGAACAGAAGACAACAACUGCAUCGACAACAACUCGUCUAGCAGCGGGUCUGAAUAUAUGGGAAUUCACAGUCCCCAGUACUUCACAGACAAGUUACAACACAACUCAGAUCUCAACGGCAACUACAGCAACGCUAGUGGUUUCGAACAGCCCAGCAGUAAUGGACCCUCCAGCCUGAACUGCCUGUCACUCAUCGUGGAAAGUAUCUCCCCGACCACCACCACCCCUGUACUGACCAAUAUGACGUCAUCUGACAGAACUUUGUGA